AUGCACAAACGCGUCGUUCACGCAAAAGGCGCAGGAGCGUUGGGAUACUUUGAAGUAACACAUGAUAUAACCAAAUAUUGUGCUGCGAAGCUCUUUUCUUCGAUUGGAAAACGAACGCCAAUCGCUGUUCGCUUUUCUCAAGUUGGCGGCGAAAGGGGAUAUGCUGAUACAGUUCGAGAUCCUCGAGGUUUUGCCAUCAAAUUCUACACUGAAGAAGGUAUUUGGGAUUUGGUUGGCAAUAAUACUCCAAUCUUCUUUAUUCGAGAUCCAAUAUUGUUCCCAAGUUUUAUUCAUACACAAAAACGAAAUACAGUGACAAAUUUGCGAGAUUAUAAUGCAUUUUGGGACUUUUUGACUCUCAGACAAGAGUCUGUGCAUCAAGUCAUGUUUUUGUUCAGUGAUCGAGGGAUCCCGGAUGGAUAUCGUUUUAUGCAUGGAUUCGGAUCUAAUACCUUCAAGAUGAUUAACGCAAAAGGCGAGCCGUUUUAUUGUAAAUUUCACUACAAAACAGAUCAAGGAAUAAAAAAUUUAGAUCCUAUAUCAGCUAUGAAGAUUGCUGGAAUGGAUCCGGAUUAUUCGACGCGUGAUUUGUAUAACGCUAUUGCAAAAGGUUUAUAUCCCUCUUGGACUUUUUACAUUCAAAUAAUGACUUUACAAGAGGCUACAAAAUGGAAAUUUAACCCUUUCGACGUUACAAAAGUUUGGAGUCAUGCAGACUUUCCCUUAAUUCCUGUUGGGAAGCUCGUUCUCAAUCGAAAUCCGAGCAAUUAUUUCGCCGAAGUUGAACAAAUUGCUUUUAAUCCGGGGCAUUUUGUGCCCGGAAUUGAAGCUUCGCCUGAUCGAAUUUUGCAAGGGCGUUUACUUUCAUAUCGCGAUUCACAAUAUCACAGAGUUGGUGUUAAUCAUUUGCAACUUCCUGUUAAUGCACCGUUCAAGUGUCCUGUUCAAAAUUAUCAACGCGAUGGAGCAAUGUCAUUUUACAAUCAGGAUGGUGCCCCUAAUUAUUUUCCCAAUUCAUUUGCAGGACCCGAGGAAUCAUUGAGAGCGUUAAAACUUGACCCGCCUUUUAAAAUAUAUGGCGAAGCUGAUCGUAUUGAUGAUGGACCAACGGAAGAUAACUAUAUGCAAGCUUCUGAUUUUUGGAAUAAGGUUUUGAAUGCAGAUGAACGAAGAAGAUUAGUUGAUAAUAUUGCCGAUCAUUUAGUUAAUGCAGAUUUGUUCAUCCAAGAACGAGGUAUUCGUAUGUUUGGAAGAGUUAAUAACGAUUUUGGAAAAAUGCUUUACGGUACAUUGAACCAACUUCGUUGUAAACGUGAUCAUUGCAAAAACUAA